GACAUUUGAGAGGUCAGGUAGAGUAUGAUUAAAACAUUGCAACAUUUAUAAACACUCUUUUAAAAGAAAGUUACUGGUAAUACACCAGAGAGCGCUACCACACAGACCAAGAUGCAGCUAAAGACCUCAAUUGAGUCAUGAUGUGCCGAAAUCUAACACCAAUUGGUGACAUAUCACAGCAUUGGAGAACAACUCAAAAUAUGGCGGCAGAUGACAUUCCAAAAUAAGAAACACUAAAAAAAUCAAAUAAAAAUGGCCAAGUCUUGUAGACUAGUAGAUCACCACAGUCUGCAUCUUCCUGAAUGCCUAUCUUUCCUGAGGAGUAGUUGGAAUUUUGCAAUCUCAAAUCUUAGAAAAUCAGCAGCAGUCUCCUCUCCAACAUACAGCAUACACUAGCUGCACUUCGAAGGUUGCAGGUUGCUUAACUGUAACCCAGAAUGUAAGCUUGGUAAUUAACCUGGGAAUUAAGGUUGAUGCUGUGGAUUGAAGUAGUAUCUUGACAACAAAAGAUAUGGCAAGGAAGCUCCAAUUUUUAAAACCAGUUGAUGAUACCUAUACUGAAGAUAGAAGUGAUGUUGACCAAAAUUCUGGGACUUCUUUUAUAUAUAAUCCCUACAGAAACUUGUCAAUAGAAAAACAAAGACAACGACUACCAGUUUUCACUGCUCGGAACCACAUAUUGUACUUAAUUGAGAACUAUCAGACCACAAUUGUUGUUGGGGAAACUGGGUCAGGAAAAAGUACCCAAAUACCACAGUACCUGAGGGAAGCAGGAUGGGUAGUGGAUGGUAUUAUUGGUAUAGCUCAGCCUCGUCGUGUUGCUUGCACAACUUUGGCAGAAAGAGUAGCUGAGGAAUGCAAUGUUAUUUUGGGGAAAGAAGUUGGCUACUCUAUACGUUUUGAUGAAUGCUCAACACCAGGUGUCACCGAAAUCAAAUAUAUGACAGAAGGAAUAUUGGUGCGAGAGAUGAUGGCAGAUCCCUUAUUACGACAGUACUGUGCUAUUCUUCUAGAUGAAGUCCAUGAGAGAACACUGUACACAGACAUUGUUUUGGGACUAAUGAAAAAAAUCCUCCGUAAACGCAAAGACCUGCGGCUAAUUAUUUGUUCAGCUACUGUUGAUGCUGACCAUCUCUUCAACUUUUUCAACACCAACUUGUCAAAAGAUAAAAGCAAAGACUCCAUUGCUGUAAUUUCUGUGGAAGGGAGAACAUACCCUGUUGAUAUUUUUUACAUACAAGAGCCGGUAGCCGAUUAUAUCAAAGGCUGCGCAGACACGGUAAUGAAGAUUCACCGUAAAGAGGGGCCCGGAGAUGUUCUGGUUUUCCUUACAGGUGCUGAAGAAGUAGAUACUUGCGCCAGUCUGCUGAGAGAGUUUUCAGAAUCUUUAACCAAAAAAGAAGUUUCAGGUGCUUUAGUGGUGUUACCAAUGCAUGGCUCUUUAACAAACAGUGAUCAGCUUCGAGCAUUUCAGUCAUCACCCCCUGGUGUUCGUAAAGUUGUGGUGGCCACCAACAUAGCAGAAACUUCUGUUACCAUACCUGGUAUUGUUUAUGUUGUCGACAGUGGCUUCAUGAAACUAAGAUGGUAUAAUGUUGGGAGUCAUACUGACUCUCUUGUUAUUGUUCCCACUUCACAAGCUUCAGCAAUCCAAAGAGCAGGCCGCGCAGGACGUACCCGUUCAGGAAAAGUUUAUCGUUUAUAUUCCGAAGCUGAAUAUGACAAGCUCAGUAAGGUUACACCUCCAGAAAUGGUCCGCACAAACCUGUCAUCAGCUGUACUUAAUUUGAUGGCCCUUGGAAUUGAAAAUAUGCUGAGGUUUGAUUUUCCAUCACCACCACCUGCUCGUCACUUAAUCUCAGCACUAGAUGAGCUGUUUGCAUUGGGUGCAUUAACUGAAGAGGGAUCAUUAACUCAGCCUCUUGGCAAGCAAAUGGCUGAACUCCCUAUCUCACCACAGUUAGCCAAAAUGUUACUCGUUUCAGGUGAAUUUGGAUGUUCCCAGGAAAUUUUAUCCAUAGUGGCCAUGUUGCAAGUCCAAAAUAUCUUCAUUAAAAAAAAGGGUCAAGGUCAUGCAGCAAAGGUUGUCCACAGAAAAUUUGAGGUUAAUGAAGGCGAUUUGAUCACUCUCCUGAAUGUAUUUACUGGGUACAUUAAAAAGGGAGAAAGCAAGCAUUGGUGUACAGAACAUUUUCUUAACCACCGUGCUCUGAAGAGGGCAAGUGAAAUACGUAAGAGAAUGGAAAAACUUGUAACGAAGUUUGAGGUCCCCUUAGUCUCCAGUGAAGGUGGUGUAGAUGCUGUAUGUAAGUGUAUUACGGCAGGUAUGUUCCCUAAUGCUGCAUACUUACAUCAUUCAGGAAGUUACCGCACUGUUAGAGGAAAUCAGGAUCUUCACAUUCAUCCUUCAUCGGUUUUGUACACACAAAAACAGCCCCAGUGGGUCCUGUUCCACGAAGUUCUUCACACAUCGAGAGUCUUAAUGCGUGACUUGACAACGAUAGACCCUGCAUGGUUGUUAGAACUUGCCCCCCACUUUUAUGAAAAGACUAGCCUGAGAAGUGAAUAAAGAAUUUUUGCACAAUGAGUUUGUAAUUCCU